AUGAGAGCGACCUUAUCAAAGAAAUUGUUGAAGAAGCGUGGAUAUGGGGGUAAAGUGCUUCUGGUUAUUGAUGAUGUGGAUCAAUUAAACCAGCUGCAAAUAUUGGCUGGGAAGAAAGACUGGUUUGGUUUGGGGAGCAGAAUCAUUAUUACAACCAGAAAGGAACCUCUGUUGAUCGAACACAACAUAGAGGAACGACAUCAGCUCUUGGGAUUACAAGACAAUGAAGAUUUUCAUCCCUAUGACGGGAAUGAAAAUCAUCCACUUAUGAAAUUUACGAAGCUUGAGAAUCAUGCUUCACACAUUUCCUGCUACAUGAAGCUUCGUCAUUCACUAUGUGUUGUUUGUGAAAAAGUAAUCCGAUCAAAUUCAGAUGGUGGUUUUAAUAAUAAGUUUCUGGUACAUCAUUUCUGGCCACAAAGAUCCUGUCCUUCUCAUGAGGAGGACGGAACCCCUAAAUGUUGCAGCUGUGAAAGAUUACAGCCAAGGAACACCAGAUAUUAUUUUCUUAAUGAUGGCCGGUCACUAUGUCUGGAGUGCCGUGAUUCGGCCAUUAAAGAAGCUAAUGACUGCGAAGCCCUUUUCCUUCAAGUACAAGAUAUUUUUUAUUUGAAAAUUCCAAAGAAAAAUAUUCGAAUAUACUUGGUGGACAAAGAAGAACUCUUCAAAGCCAUGAAUAAGGGAGAAAAGAAUGGACGCGUGACUCGUCAAUUCCUAGCAGGUGGGGCUACCCAGGGCUGUAUCGUAUGGAAGAAAAAAAAAUGGAAGUUGAAUCCUUUCCAUGAAGUAACAUCAAUUCUGAUACUAACUGGUCUUCCUAGGCUAUUGGCAGGGUCGAUUAUGGCUUGCAGUACAAUGGACGCAUGGCUACAGCUCAACUUUUUUGGAACAGUACAUAUGAGCUCACUGGUUAGAAAGGCUAUGAGCCAAGUGUUAGCCCAUAUGUGGCUGGAGUUUGAGAUGAACUCUGGGUUUGACAUUGAGAAGAAGCUUGGUGAAUUUUUUCGACACCAAAUUGAGGAACCGGUGUUCUAUGAGGACGUAAUUCAGAAUCUAAAUUAUAUGAAAGGGUUCAGCUUAUGUAGAAAAGCAGUGCUCAGGCAUGGUCUAAGACAGACCCUUGACCAUAUUCGAACGACAGGAAGCUUUCCACCUGUAGACUGA